AAUCGGGCCUCUGGGUCAGAGGGCGGGUGCAGCGCUGAAUAAGUUUCACUUAAAAAGGCAUGGCACAAGUGUCCAGCCAAAAGCGGAUUGUUUAAAAACACAAAAAGCAUCGAGACAAAGAAAGGCUUAGGUCAAGAUGGCAGGCAGAUGAAAGAAGAUCAAUCGCCGCAAGUACUGAAGCUAGAAUCUUUAAAAUGUCAGUCCUUUGUAUCAAUCUUAUCACGUAGCAUUAAACCCUAGAUCCAUUUCACAAGAUGAGCUAAUGGCACCAAAUGGCAAAAACACUUGCCAGUUAUGUGGAAAGGCAAUAAAAGAACCAAAACACAGAAUUUACUUUUACGGAGAAAAGGGCAUAUGUCAACGCUUCACAUGCCAUGUUGACUGCUUUAACUGCAAUGUUUGUAAGAGAACACUUUCCAUGCAAAAUUAUUUUUUAUCACCUAGAAAAUUAUUUUAUUGUUGGGAACAUGCUGACUUUGAAUUGCCAAACCAUCACGAAAACCUAAUACGAGAAUUGCGCAAGUUUAGGGAGAUAUCUCGCGAAAACCUGAGUUGUUUGCAAAGUGGAAAGACGCCAUCCUCCCUUAAAAAUAAGCUAAGAUUGACAUUAUCAAAAUGUAGGUGCUGUUCAGAACCAUUGUUAUUAAAAAGCCGCGGGUUUUGGAAUGAAUGCACUGAAGAAAGUUGCCCGCUUUUAAACUGUUAUAGCCAGCUUAAUGAUACUAGAAAUUACAAUGUACCACUCUGGGAAGAAGAAAAUCAAAAUGAAGUGUUUUUUAAAAUUGAACAUUAUGAGGAAGAAAUUUAUGAGACAUGUUUUCUGGAAGAGCAGCAUUUCAAUUAUUACUCUGUUGAUGAACUUGUUGGUCCAUUAGUGAUGAGUUUAAAACAGGAAAUCAUUAAUAACAAAUUUUAUUAUAGAGUAUUAAUUCGAUCGUCAUCGCACGUAGUUGAAGGUUUAAUACCUGUCUCGUGCUUCUGCUCAAAAAAAUACAACGAAAGACAAGUCCUGGAGGUUUUAUGCAAAGAACUUCAAAUUUCAUCCUCACUUCGACCAUUCAAUGAACCUACUCCUAACAAGUUGUACUAUCUAGACAAAGUAAUGUUAAAAGAGGAAUUCAAAGUUGGCGUUGUCUUUAUUAACGAUGGUCAAAUUAAAGAGGAGGAUUUUUUCACUAACACUGGCCACAACUCUGAAUUCGAAGACUUCUUGUGUUUACUAGGUGAUAAAGUAAAAUUAAAGGAUUUUAAAGGCUACAACGGUGGUUUAGAUACUUCCCAUGGUCUUACUGGCGAACAUUCAAUAUACAAAGAAUGGCAGAAAUAUAAAAUUAUGUUUCAUGUUUCAACGUUGUUACCGAUGGAAGAACACGAUGACCAGAAAUUGCAAAGAAAGCGUCAUAUUGGUAACGACAUUGUGUGCAUUGUUUUUCUUGCUCCUGGUGCUCAAUUUGACCCUAAUUCCAUUAAAUCAAACUUUCUGCAUGUUUUCAUCAUUAUCCAACCUCAGUGGAUUGAAUCCGGCUUGUACUAUAAGGUGGCUGUUGUAUCUAGGGAUUUAGUGUUACCCUUUGGACCAGCUAUAUUUCCAUCAAAGCUCUUUAAAAAGGGUGAAAUAUUUCAGAAUUGGUUGUUCACGAAGAUUAUUAAUGGAGAGAGAGCAAGUUACCGUUCACCAAAGUUUUCUGCCAUGCAGGAGAGAACGCGAAGGCAGCUUCUCGAAGAAAUUGUUCACGACCAAGCUUGUAAGGAAGUGCCUACGCCAAGAAUUACCAGGAGUGCCUUUCAAAGAUUUCUGCCACAGAGAUCUAGUGCACGGUCCAGCCCACCAAAUUUUAACAUCAAAUCGAGGACUUUAGGACAAUAUCCGCCAUUAUUCAGUGAAAGUUUUGAAAACGGUAGUCAGCCGCAGAAAAAUUUCAAUCGCACGUUUUCAAACGGAGUUAGCCAAUAUCACGAUGUGUUCUUUAACGUUGGGACAUACAACCAACAGAUCGUACCUGGAGUUAAAGCUAUUCUUUCUGCUAGAAGCCGUGUGUUUAACGAGAUGCUCUUCCCAACCGAAUGCAACUUGUCGCAACUGCGAAGGAGAUCAUCUAUGCUUUCACGUACUCCUCCAGCACACCUCACUUUUAUGAGGUCGCAAACAAAAUGGUCUGAGCUGUGGAAAAAAGCUCGCUCAACGAGCCAUGAGAGUCCAUCACCGAAAUCAAGCAUUGUAGAUUUGCGUAAUCAAAAUUCUUCUGAGUAUGUUAUCACAGAGUUUGAGGUGAGUGAGUUCACAGCGCUGUGUGACUUCCUCCAUACCGGCGUGUGUGUGGUCCAUGUGGACAUUGUAUCCGGGCUGGCCUGUGCAGCGGAGUAUUAUGAUGUACCGGACUUGUUAAAUAUAUGUGUGGAAUGCUGUGCUGACUUGUUAAAUCCGCACAAUGCUUGUAUUAUAUUAUCAUCACUUCGAAAACAUGUUUUGAAAUACAAUGUUGCUGGUUUGCUGCAAAAUAUGGUGUUGAAAUAUAUUUCGGAAUCUGCUGAGCAGGUUUUCGCAUCGUUCGAUAUGUCUUCUUUGUCAGAAGAUUGCUUCUUCAAAGUUUUAGCCCAAGAUUUAAAAAUUAGCGAAAAGAAAAAGUUUAAAACUUUAAAAAAAUGGUAUGCAAGAAUUUCUUCGUUGGCUAAUUUCGUGCACGACGAACUGAAACCAUCACUUCUUUCCCACAUCAACAUGGCUCGGUUAUCCAAAGAAGAACAGCAAGAGGUAGCAAAAUUUAGAACUCAUUCGAUCACGAUUGAUACCUCCAGUAGCGCCGUGUGAAGUAUUUUGCAAGGUACUGGAUUUGAUGGCCGAAUUGGCUUAUUGUUUUGUUGUUUUCCCAGCAUGCAUUUUUGUUACCAACCUUCGUUUUUAUAUUUUUUGAAAUGUACGUGUGUUUAUGGAGAAAUUAUUUACGGCGUUUUCAUUUCUGUUUGCCAUCAAGCAAAUACCGAUUCUGAUUGGUUUGAGUAUUGACCAAUCCCCGUGAACUUCCUAUUUAAUUAAAUUAAAUUUGCCCGUUACGUCACGUCAGUUCAUUUUGCUGGGAAGGAGAAAAUAGUUAUUUUGUUUUGUGCGGUAAAAUUAUGCUAAUUUGAUGUUUUUUUGGUUUUAUUUUUUAUUCAUACGUGUUCAUGUAAAGAUCUCUGUUCAUAUUUCAAAGCAUCCUCUCUCAUUUUCUCUCUCUCAUCUUGUCUUUUUUAGUUCUAGCUCUGUUAUGUUUUUACGCGAAAUAAGAGAUUCGAUAAAUUGUAGUUAGUUAUAAAUAGAUUCAUCCUCGUAUAACCUCUGUGAUAUACCGAACUAAACUUAGGUGGAUGGAGUUUGUGUUCUCCACCGCUGAUGAUAUAUUGCUGUUGCGUCUUAAUUUUUGGGACGUUUUUAAUACCUCGUACAAACAUUUAAAAUUUUAAGUAUUCUUUUAAGCGAGAAAACUAUAUAAUACCUCCAACAGUUUUUCUCAUUUCCCAAAGUGUUCGGGAUACCGGCUGCUGCAAACGAAAAAGUAACAUGUGUUUUGUCUUGCAGAAUCUUUCAAUCUUUUUUGCUUCACGUCUGUUGUAAAGACGUUUAAGUCUGUGGGCUGGGUCCAGAUUUUGUUAAGCUCGUGUUAUAUUUCAGAUAAUCAAAGUUUUGCCAGCAGCACUUUUUGUAGUCUGAAGCAUACUCCAUUUUUUUGUAGUAUUUUAUUGUACCAUGUGCCUAGUAUUUAGCAAACGUAUUAUUUAAUGUGUUGUUACAGAUAUAUAUUUAUUUACUUAUUUGACGGUUGCCGAUAUUAUUACCAUGUUGUGUAUAUACAUCUCUAUUUAAUGCGUGAAGCGUGUUCGGCUUGUACACUUUGUAUAAUAUUUAAAAUAGUGUGUUUAAUUGACUGUGUUAUAUCGAGACGAAAAUUUUUGCCCAUCGUGUUUUUUUUUUGUUUAAUUUCAAUUAUAUAUAUUUUGUUAUUUCAUUUUUUGAUAAAAGAACGUUCGUGUCUCACGUGGAUCUGUUUAA